GGUACUUAAGUCACUGUCUGCUCUUUCCCAUGGAUCUCACAGCUGCUUCUUCAGUGCUUCUUCUUUCCUGGGACUGGAUCCUGUCAAUCUGCCUUCCUUAGCUCUGCAGGAAUUGGGCUUUCUCUGGAAGACCCAUAGCACACUACCCUGGACCAUUCCUCUUUAUCGUGGAGCUUCCUAGAGUCUGAAGCUAUUUUUUCAGAUGACCUAUGGAGGAUCAAAGCCGCACUGGCUCCCUAUCAGGAGAAGGGGCAGAAAGAAACAGGAGACGCCCCUCAUGACUUCCAGGCAGGGAAUUGGGAGGAAUCCCCGCCCAGGAGACCAAGAGAACAGGCUGGACAGGAAUACAAUGAGAGACAGGAUCAGAUCCAGGAAGCCCAAAGGGAGGAGUUCCUGGCGGGAGAAGAGAGACUGCACAUGCUCACAGAAGACUCAGGCCGGCUGAAGUCUAAAGCAUUGCUGCCCUCCAUAGGGUUAGAGACAGCACCCUGCCUGCCUCCCCUACAGAUGCCGGAGUGGGGUGCACUCUGCAAUGAUUCUCAAGCACUCUUGGCUACUUCCAAGCAAGACACUAAAGCCUGCCAAUCUAAAAAAGAAAGGGCCUUGUGGUCCCUUUCUAGAGAGCAAACAUUUCACAGAGAAGAGAAAACAUAUAAAUGCUCUGUGUGUGGCGAAACAUUCAGGUGGUACUCACACCUUAGAAGACAUGAAAUAGCACACAGAGGAGAGAAGCCAUAUCGGUGCUUGCAGUGUGGAAAGAGGUUUUGUCAUAUUAAUCACCUUAAUUCCCAUAAAAGAACCCACACAAGUGAGAAGCCAUAUAAGUGUUCACAGUGUGGGAAAUGCUUCAGGUGCAAAAUGGAUCUCACUAGACAUCAAAGAAUCCACACAGGAGAGAAACCAUAUUCAUGCUUGCAGUGUGGUAAACACUUCAGUUGGAAAAUUAGUCUUGCUAGACAUCAAAUAACGCACACAAGAGAGAAACCAUAUACAUGCUUGCAGUGUGGAAAAAGCUUCAAGUGGAAGACUAAUCUUACUAGGCAUCAAAGAACCCACAAAUCCACAUAUACAUGCUCGCAUUGUGGAAAAAUCUUCGCUCAGAAACAGCAUCUUACUCAACAUCAAAGAAGCCACACAGGGGAGAAACCAUAUACAUGCUUGCAGUGUGGGAAAAGCUUCACUCUGAAACAGCAUCUUACUCAACAUCAAAGAAGUCACACAGGGGAGAAACCAUAUACAUGCUUGGAGUGUGGGAAAAGCUUCUCUUGGAAACAGCAUCUUAGUAGACAUCAAAGAAGCCACACAGGGGAGAAACCAUAUACAUGCUUGGAGUGUGGGAAAAGCUUCACUCGGAAACAGCAUCUUAGUAGACAUCAAAGAAGCCACACAGGGGAGAAGCCAUAUACAUGCUUGCAAUGUGGAAAAUGUUUCACUCAGAAACAAUGUCUUACUAGACAUCAAAGAAUCCAUACAGGGGAGAAACCAUAUACAUGCUUGCAGUGUGGAAAAAGCUUUGUUCAGAAACCAAAUCUUGCAAGACAUCAAAAAACCCACAAAGUGAAGAAACCAUAAUCAUGCUUGGAGGGUGGAGAGACACACCACCUCUUCAUACACAUGAAAGAAACCAUCAAUGCAAGACACUGUCCUAAUGCUUGCACUGCAGUGAGGGCAUUAGUGAUGUACUGAGCCAUUUAAAAAAAAUUACUUUAAAUAUUUUUAUUGUUUUAGCAGAAAUGCCAACAAUUGAGCCUUAAUGAACACAAGAGAACGCACAGGAAACUAUUUCACUCCUUGGAGUGUGGAAAGAACCUCAGUCUUGGCACAAGAUUAAUUUCACAUCAAGGAUUCCACACAGGAGCUGACCUUCAGUCUGUUUUCCCCAAUACAAUUUCCAGAUUAGGUGGGAAUGUACUUUGAGUAUCUUGCAUUUCUGAGGCUUGGAAGGUUCAAGAUCUGCAGUACAGUCUUUUUAGUCGUGGCUCAGUGAGGGACCUGAUGGGCUUUUAGAGUUUGUGGUGGAUUUAACCAUGCCUUUUAGUGAGCCGGGUUCCAUGUUUUGAUUAAAAAGGAAGAGAACUGUGAAGCUUUUUGCAUUCAUGGUGUAGUUGCAACUACCAUCUUCUGAGAGAUCUGGGCUUUCUAGCAUUCAUCAGAUUGUUGUGAAGACUUUUCUGUCAACUGGCUCAUUCUACAUCUGAUCAUAUCCUCAAUUCUGUUUCUUGGAAAAUGCGACUUCAAUGUGAAACCUCAAAGCAUGAAGAGAAGUUGGAACAACUUUCCCUCCAGAAUUAAACUGCAGUGGCAUAGAAAUGUUUGUUCCUUUUUAGAUGUUUUUCAUAUGAGUAAUUGAAUGUAUUUGAUCUGCUUGCAAAUAAAGUAAGAUGCAUUUUUCUCA